AUGAAUCCACUCAAUUGUACAUUUGGAGUUACCUCAGGAAAGUUUCUUGGCUUCAUUGUGCGUCAUCGUGGAAUUAAAGUUGAUCUUGCAAAGAUUGACGCCAUUCAGAAAAUGCCUAAGCCAAAGAACUUGAGGGAGCUUCAAACCAUUGAUACUCUACAUCGCGGCACAAUAACGUCACUUGGAGCACUACUUGCUCAAAAGAAUGAGGAAGGAAAGGAACAAGCCUUGUACGACCUUAGUCGAACUCUAAUAGGAGCUGAGUUGAACUAUACGCCUGUUGAGAAAAUAUGCUUAGCGUUACUUUAUGCGAUAAAGAAGCUAAGGCAUUAUUUUGAAGCAUACACCAUCAAACUCAUCUCUCGAGCAGAUCCCGUGAAGUUUGUGAUGACUCGAACUGCUGUGAAAGGACAAGCACUAGCCAAUGUUCUGGCUUAUCACCCUCUUCCGGUGGAAUGGGAGAUUUCGGAUGAGUUUCCAGAUGAAGACAUUUUGUUCAUUGAAGAACUUCCACCAUGGACAAUGUUCUUUGAUGGAUCUGCACGUCAUAACGGUGCGGGGGCAGGUACUGUGUUGAUCUCUCCAGAAAGACAAGUCUUGCCAUUCUCCUUUGUUUUAGGUGAAACAUGCUUCAACAAUGCCGCAGAGUACCAAGCAUUGAUCAUCGGUCUCGAAAUGGCAUUAGAUAUGAAGAUUCUACAGUUGGAGAUCUAUGGCGACUCUAAGCUGAUCGCCAACCAACUUUUGGGAAGUUACGAGGUAAAGAAGGAAGAUCUCUUGCCAUACCAUCAAUAUGCUUCUGUUUUACUUGAAAGGUUCGACCAAGUGUUCUUAAAACAUAUCCCAAGAGAAGCAAAUCGCAGGGCUGAUGCUUUGACUAACUUAGCCACAACGAUGGCACUUGGAGAGAAUGAGUCAACAAAGGUAUAUGUGUGUCAUCGAUGGGUUAUUCCUAGACUUCUUAAUCUUCAAAUCAACGAAAGACAUCACACAUCUAUUCGAGUGAUUGAAGAAGAAGAUUGGAGGCAACCACUAAUAGAGUACCUUGAACAUGGAAAGUUACCUGAAGAUCCGCGACAAAGAACAGACAUCAAACGAAGAGCACCACGAUUCAUCUUCUAUAAGGGGACAUUGUUUCGCCGCUCUUUUGAAGGACUAUUCUUACGAUAUCUUGACAAAGAAGAAGCUCGUCAAGCGAUCGAGGAAGCACAUUCUGGCUCAUGUGGAGCAUACCAAUCUGGUCCCAAUCUCCAUUUCCGCAUCAAGAGGAUGGGCUACUAG